AUGUGGGUUUACAAUGCAGUCUUCGUCAUAUUAUUUGAAGGCCUAUGGUUUGCAGAGUUCAAGAGCGUUGAUUCACAUUGUAUGUUGGCUAGAGAAAUCUUAAACAAAUACAUUCCGCGUCCUAAUGAACCUAAUCAACUGUUUAAUUUGUGCAGAGAGAACGGCGGAUCUGAGUCUCAUGAUUGCUGUAAUGAAGAGUCGCUGAAAAACAUUGUGUCUAUUGGCGCAUCUGAAUUCACUAAAUACUGGCGCACAUUCUGGCUUAACAUAAGUCAAAAUUUAAGGGAAGAUGCUCGUUAUCUGCAAGAUUAUAUGUUAGGGAGUUUGCAGCUAACAUUGAAAGGUUUUCAUGAUCUCUUUGUAAACUCCUACGGGUAUAACUAUAAUCAAAACAAGGAUUUCGUUGAUGCAUUCUUCUAUGAACUGGAAAGUUAUAUCCUGGGAAACCGGCAAGAUAUAGCGUCGUUGGUUGAUGACUUUUUCGAUGGCCUGCUAAUUCGUGCACUCCAUGUAAUGCUGUUUGUAAAAACUGAACCGGAUAGUAUUGUAGCCAACUGCGUUGCAUCCAAGUUGAGACCUUUGAAGCCAUUUGAUCAAGCGCCUGAAAUAAUAAGGUUUAUGGCAACUCGAGCAUUUCCUCCUCCCAGGAUUCUUAGGAAUAGUCUCCUUUUAGGAGAUCAUGUGGUUCAGUUUUUAUCAAAGAUAACAGUGAAUGAUAGUUGUAUAAAUGAAUGGAUUAAACUACGUUACUGUAAUUUAUGUUCAGGAGUAAUCCAACCCCUCAUCUGUCGACAUAGUUGUUUUAGUCGUUUGUCCACAUGUUUUUUGUUAUGGACUGCUUUUGAUAAAUACUGGCUAUCAUUUAUUGAUCAGGUUGUUCGUGUUGCUGAACGUCUAAAAGACUCCAAAAUUUUCCCCCAUGUUAUUCGACCAUUACAAAUACAUAUAUCUGACGCUAUUAUGAAUCUUCAAACUAUGCUCUUUCGACUGGACCAAUCUGAUGAAUUUCUCAGUGACUGUUUAUUACAAAACUCAAAAGAGUAUCAGUCGUUUCCUUCCAGGACUAAUUUUAGGCAACGACGACAUCAGGAAUUUGUAUUUGUUGAUCAUGAUGCCUUAGUUCAGAAUUACAAACAUCCUUAUAUUUAUGGCAAUUAUGAUAUCCUGAAAUCAUGGGCGGACAGUAUUCAUAACAAGUAUCUCUCUGUACGCAAACCAUUUUCUACCAUCAUAAAAUAUUUUUGUAGUGAGGAUCUUCUACGUGAUUCAAAGAAAAAUAGUGAUUAUUUAUGUUGGACAGGUGAUAGAUUAACACAUAGGUCAAAUAUAACCGUAAAUCUGAUCGAAAAUGAGUCGUUUCUUAAGAUAAAUCCUAUGGCUAUCCGUGUUAUUAAAGAUUUACAACACAUAACUGAAAUUAUGCAAUCUGUAAUUCAAAAUAAUUCUGAUCCUAAUUAUGUGCCGAUUGAAGGAGAAAGUAGAAUUCAAUCUCUAGAUAACGUAACUGUUUUCAUUCCAUUGUCAAGUUAUUCCACAACAAACCCAGGUUCAGUACAAACAACUUUAAAUUAUUUAGAAUCUAGGAAUAAAAUUCAUUUUACAUCUUUAUCGAAUUCUAUUAAAACACCAUUUCAAUUUAAUACAAAUCAUAUUGAAACAUCACGUUAUUCAAUCAAAAAACAAAUUAAAACUAAUAAAGUAAUAUAUUUUAAUCCUCCUUAUAAUUUAUGGUUACCAUCGGCUACUUAUCAACGAAAAAUAAUCUGGACAUUUAAUUCUAAUAGUGAUAAUAUAGUAAAGUUUAAUCUAUCUACUAUAGUUUGGAUUUAUUUUACUUGUAUAUAUAUGUAUUUACUUAUUUACUAA